AUGGGUAAAAAGAAGAACAAGAACAUUGUCAAGGCGGCGCAGGCGCGAGCUGCAUCGAAGCAUGUAGCUAGCCAUACUGGACAGCCAGCCGCACAAGACUCUAAGGCUAUGCAAAUAGCGAAAGAGGAGCGACGAAAGAAUAAGUUGGAGAAACGGAAGAAGGACAAGGCGAAGAUUACAGCUGCGAUGUGGGCAGGACCGGCUCCUGCCCAUCUUGUUGGCAAAUUAGAUGUACCCAAGGUCAAAUCGAAAUACCAGUCGUAUUUCGAGUUUGCAGAGAAUACAGAAAAGAAGAAGAAGCUGGAAUAUCAGGUCACCAACGAUACGAAUCCUCCGCCCGGAUUCGUAUUUAUUCCUUUUGGAGAUCCAGUUAUGACGAAUGCUUGCAAAGAAUUGUCGAGAGAAAGGGGAGCUAUGAUAUUCAUCGUGUCGGCAUCCAAGGAAGAGAACUCCAAGAUAUCCGAAUUCGUGCAUAGGACCGGAUGCCAUUUUCGCGAAUCGAUAGUCGAAGAAGCUCGCCAGGUGGUCGGCGAUUCAGUUAUUAAUCGCCCAAACUACGAGCCGGGCGCUAUCGAACCAAUUCCCGAAUCCCAGGAAGAAAUCAACAAGCAAGCCGAUGCAGCGAUUAGGGAUCUUUUUCCACGAAUACCAAACACCGAUCGGCAGAUGAUAAUCGAGCAUGCUUUUCAAAAGGGUGUCUUGUUUCACGGUGAGCCAACUGUAGGACUACAAGCUGAUCUUCCUUUGUCCCGACGUGUUCAACUUGCUGUACUCGCUCACAUCCGGCAUACUCACACUAGGUACGACAAGCUUCUCAGAGAGACAAGUUGGGUUAAUGCCCGAAAGGUUGUCGAGUCUGUCUGCUUAGAUUUCAUCUUCAAGUGGCGAGGUGACGAAGAGACUGGUCGUGAUCAAAUGGACGAAAUUCUACGUGAAGUUGUAGUCAUAACCGAUUCCGAGGAUGAGGGAGAUAGUAGCUCUGAGGACGAUAGUUCCGACGAAGAAGGUGAAAUCUCCUCGACCAGUUCUCCAGAACUUCUGGCCCAACCAACUUCUCGGAAUCAACACCGACCUGCCCUAUCGCCGGGUCCCCAAGAUUCCGACAUCUCAAGUAUCGCACGGCAAGUACAAAGCGAGAAUCGCCCUGCCCAACCGGGUGCUAUUUCUUCUCGCACUCGAUCUAGGAUGAAGCCUAAACCACAAGGACCAAAGAAAACACAGAGAGGAUUCAAGCGCUAUCAAGCGGCUUGGGAUGAUGCUUUGCACCGACAACAAGAUCCGUCGCACCGUCCCCUUGCGGCACAGUCUGAUACACGCCUUGAGCAGGGCACAGGCAGGCAUCCAUCUGAUAUGUCAAUAGCACCUCGAUAUUCACAACAACAGGCUGAUACAAGACCGACUUCAGUUCAUGGUCGCACCGAUAUGGACUCACGACGCUAUGCAGAAGGUCCAGCUGCGCGCAUGGAACCAUCUUACUCGCAACGUACACAACCUCUGGAUAAUAGGCCACAAAGAGACCAGGUAAUCGUGAGACAACUACCAGAUCACUACAUUAACCAAGGCAUGCAGCCACAUCGUGGCAUUCCAGUUCAGUCUUUCAGGGACAACAGACCAUCACAAGUUGUGAGCGGAUCUUCUCACAGACACGGUUUUCAAGAUUUGCUUGUUCCUUCUAUUGAGUCAACCCCGAGCGAUGUUACUCGUACUUUGAUGCCCACAGAAGAGCGUCAUCCGAGACCUGAGACUUUCGGUCGCCGUCAGGAUUCAUAUCCUAGACAGGUGAUCGAGUCUCGAAGGCUUCCCCCGCCACAGCGGCAAUUCAUUGUGAUUGAUGAUGACAGCCCUCAAAACAAACGCCGGCGUGUGGUUCACGAGGAAGAUUCAGGUCGUUUCAGACCUUUGCCGUCCCAUGAACAUGGUGCAACAUCAAUUGCUGAUUCUCAUUUGCCAUCACCCUCAUCUCUUCCGCUAAGACGGUCAUCCCCUGGGACCAGAAUAAGUCACGAUAGACCUAGUCCGAGUAUGUCUGGGGCACCAGCUUCUUCGUAUAUUACCGCCAGCGGAAGAAGCAUUCCUAUAUAUGAUGUGCCAGAUACUCGUUUCAUUGGACGCCCACCUGAGCAUUUCAGAAGAGCAGAGGUAUAUGACCCAGCCCAACAGAAUGGCGGGACUGUCGUACGCCAUCUCACAUCAGCAUACCCUGUCAUUUCUCCUGGUGAGGUAUCUCAUCAUCGCCUGAGACAUGAGAGUAGACCGGAGAACUUUUAUAGCCCAAGACCUGUUGAAGAUGCUCACGGGUCAAGGCAGGUCGAUUCAGACUACCAGCAACCUCUCCGUAGAUCGCAGACUCCAAAUUUUCCUGUUCAAACCAGAGUUUCUCGUUCUUAUGAUGCCGGUGUUGGUCGAGAUGUCAUCGACCAAGCUUUCAUUCAUAACUUUUCUCAAUCGCGUAUAAAUGGUUCCGUACAUGUUGGAGAAGCAUCGAAUGCCACGCCAAGUAGUCGUCCUGUACGCUCAGCGAUAUAUGCUCCCGGGUUCCGGCAUGAUUAUGAAGAACAAGAGCGGAGAGCUUUUCCAAUUCCAGUAUCCACUCGAGCAAGGCCUCCACUAGAAUAUACUGAAAGACCGAUGUACGAACACGAAAUACAACACCGUCCAGUCAUUUAUGAAGAUAAUCGCCGUCCUGCCGAACGUUUCCAUGGAACCCAGGACCAGGCCCCCAUUUUUAUUAGAGAGAGGACUACACGGCCUUUGGAACCAGUCCCAGCACCAUAUCGAAGUCGCCAAGAACCAGUCCGGAGACAGGUCGUAGUUCUGGAUUAA